AUGUCGAUAUGUCGAACAAAGAGUGCCAAUGACAUUGAUGCCGAUGCGUCACCAAGCGGAGUGAGAGACAUCAACCCCGUGUAUGCAAUCAACGAGAUGAUAUUCAGCGAAUUAAACCUGAUAUAUAAUCAACAUUCAAUCAAUAUAGAGUGUGGCGAUUUACCACACUCUAAUGCUAACAAGAUAGACCACGAUCUACAAAAAAGCACGCGAUAUCUAACAUCUGCGGCGCCGUUAGAAAAUCGUGUUGCUUGGGGAACGUUACCAACAAGGACAGACACAAAGGCAACAAACUCCCGCCUGGAAUUUCAGGACGUGGAACAAGUUGGAUACGCACUUUUACUUGGGAAGACAUUUCCUGAGUUGACAGCGUUUACGGCGAGCAUGUGGGUGAGAACAAAGCAUACUAACAACAGGGCUGUGUAUAUGUCGUACAAAGCUGAAGGCAAGACUCGCAUUAUGAUUGAAAGUGAAAAGAGCACUACCAAACUUUUUGUUGGCGACGAAAGUGUGAGAGCACCUAUUGACCUAGACAAGAAUUUUAAAUGGCACCACAUGGUAUUCACUUGGACCAAUCAGGAAGGCGUUUGGUCAGCCCACCUCGACGGCCAGCGCAUUUUAGAAGGGCGUGGACUGUCAAGUGGAAUUGUAAUACCCGAUUCUGGAGAAUUUGUUCUCGGUCAAGCACCGAGAAUGGCAAAGACUCUCGAGUUUAACACGACACUCAAGUAUAUCGGCGAUUUAAGUCACGUGAACAUAUGGUCGUAUGCAAUGAAUGACAGUGAAAUACAGAGUUUGACCGAAGACUGUACUUUCAUGGAGUGCGGGGAUGCUGUACAAUGGGUGGACUUCAGAAGUGGUACAAGAGGGUCGAUGAAACUACGAUGGCCAUCCGGAAUAUUUGCCAGUGGAUGUGACAACGAAAACUACGAUUUGGCAUGUGAUAUUCACUGCAGCCAUACCAUAGGCCCCCAGUGUCAUUUGAAUAUUGCCAGUAAUAUUGAGUGGCCAAGAACCCCUGCUGGUGAGAUGGUAUCGAUGCCGUGUCCGAAGCGUAGCCACAAAGAGAACGAGGAUGACCCAAAAAGGUAUGGUAACAGGACGUGUUCUUUUAUUCCCGGGGCAAUCAAUGGAAAGUGGGAAACACCGUAUAUAGCAGAAUGUGCCUCCCAAUCACAACUUGAUCUACAAAAUGAAAUAAAUGUAACUUUCAACAGAGCCAAUUAUAAUAUGUCACACGUUUUAACCUAUGCACAUAAACUUGAUAACUACACGAAGUCACGCAAGACGAACCCAAUCGACCUUUCGAUUGACAUAGCAUGCUUUGCGGCGAUAAUGGACGCACAGUGGAGACUAGUUGAAAGUCAGAUAUUCGGUGACACGCAUAAAUACAAUCCAAUGGCACAACAGACGCAGAUGACUCCAACAGUUCUUCCGUACUUAGGCUUAGACGACAUAGAGGAUUUCGCAAAGAUCGUUAAAGAUAUAUUCAAUGCCAUCGCAGAUACGAAGAAUGACGUUGCCUGGAAACAGACCAUCCCCAAAGGAAAAGAGGCAGUGGCGUUGAUAAAAACCAUGGAUACGUUCACUGACAUACUGAGCGAAAGUCUAAUGUUACACGUUAAACAAGGGAAUUUAGAUCACAAAGACGCAUCUAUCAGUCUAUUUGCCAGCAACAUUGCUCUAGAUGUGAGCGUUGUUAUGGUGUCCGGGUAUCCAGGAACGACGUUUCCAGGGGACUCCUUUGAGGACCUACCUUGGGACAUGGAUAUAGACGACUACAUAUCACUACCUAUUGAGUUGUUCUCUAAUCUUGACACGGAAGAACAACAUGAAUAUUCAGCAAUAUCUAACAUCAAAUAUAAUACCCUUGGCAGAUAUCUACCAAACCACAAAGAUCCAAUCAAAGUAACGCAUUUUCGCAAUAAAGCCUUGGAGAAUAGGCAUAAAAAUGAUAAUAUAAACACAGCCGUAAUGGUUAGCAAAAUCCACAUGCCGAAUGCAGAUGAAGUUUUCAAGAAUAUGACGUCACCGAUUCUCAUGCAUUUACAUUACGCCGAGACAUUCAAUGUAUCCAAUCCAGAAUGUGUCAGUUUGCAAAUUUUGGAAGAUUCUGAAUGGAAGUGGGACGGUUCAGGUUGUCAAGUGAUAUCACAAUCGUAUAUGGCAACUCAGUGUCAAUGUUCACAUCCGGGCAUUUUUGCAGUGACCACUGAUAUGUAUGAUGUCAACUGGAAUUGCUGUAACGAAAGAAUUUUUGAAGUGACCGUAGCGGGAUACGUCGGCUAUAUCCUCAACGUUACGUUCUGUGUAGCAUCGUUGAUUUUAUUCUCGUAUUUCAAAUGUGUUUCUGACACUGUGAACGUUCACAGAAACUUGGCAUUGUCGGUUAUUUUUGCCGAAACAGCUUACAUUGUGGGCGUAACUAGACGGGAAAACGCGGACGUAUGCAAAGGAUUCGCAAUUUUACUCCACUACUUUUUUACAGCCGAAUUUUGUUGGCUAUGCAACGAGGCUUUCAAUUUAUAUGUAGAAGUCGCCAAUUCUAUACACGUAGAAACGCAACAACAGAGACCUAUGUUGAGAUAUUACAUAAUAGGAUGGGUAUUUCCCGGUGUUUUGGUUGGUGCACUAGUCGGUGCGAAUUGGGAUAAUUAUUUCGCGGAUGACGUGUGCUGGGUGAAAAUGGAGCAAAUCUGGUUAUUUGUAGGGCCGGUGGCAGGAGUAUGGGCUAUUACCUGUUUUGUACUAACUUUCACUGGUAAAGACAUUGUUGAAAGUUCGUAUUCAAAAGAUAAACUAGCCAAUAAAGUUGUGAGCAACCACUGCAAAGGAUGCUGGGUACAGAUGACGCUGAUUAUGAUAUCAUGGGUUUUUGCAUUUGUCUCCAUCAAAAUGAUCGGCAUCAUUUUACAAGUCUUGUACGCCUUCUUUGUAAUACUCCAGGGGUCAUUUUUAUUUGUGUUUAUGUGUAUUCUUAAUGGCGAAAUGGCUAUUGCCUUGAGAGAUCGAAGAGCACGUCUUGGUUUAGGAGUAACCGGAACAUCAUUCUCCAGCAAAUACAGCGUUUACAGACGCACGCCAACGUCUCCAAGUACGCAACGACCAAGGCCCGACAUCCCAGAUAUAAAUACCCCAGGAAGUAGAAAUAGUUCAUUUUCAGGUAGAGACGAAGAGGGCGUGUUCCAGAAAAGUACCAACCAUUUUAUAGUAACUGACGCCCCGGCGUACACUACGUGGUUGAGAGCUCGACGACAACGAUAUUGUCCUGUAUAG